AUGGGUACUGAGGGUGAAAUACUAGAGCGCUACGUUUCAAACAAACUUGGGGAUGAUUGUAGUGGUGAUGGAAGUGAAGAGCAUCCCUACAAAACUCUUCACAGAUUGUUUGAGGUCAUGACCCUUGAAGAAGUUUCACAAUUGAAAAUUUAUGUGGAUGCGACUGAAAAGCCGGAGGAAAAGUGGGCUGAGAUAUCAAAAACUCAGCUGAAGAAAAAAAUGAAGGAGUAUAAAAUUCAGUCGCAGAAAUCAGCCGCCCCUGGUGAAACUACUACUGGCACUCCUGCUGUGUCGACCGUUACUUCUGCCCCUUCUGCAGUUGAAAUUAAAGAGGAUUUGAGUCUGCCUGCAGCUAUCAAAUCUAAAAUUUGCAAUCUUCACACCCAUUUGGACAAGCGGGUACAAGUUUAUGGUUGGGUUCAAGCCAUUCGUCGUCAGAGCAAGAAACUCAUGUUCAUUGUUCUUCGUGAUGGAACUGGUUAUCUCCAAUGCAUUCUGGCAAAUGGUCUUCCUCAAACAGCUGAUGGGUUAGCACUUGCCCCGGAAUCAACAGUUUUUGUGAAAGGUGUUGUGUCCAAGGUGCCUGAGGGUCAAACUGCUCCAGGUGGAAUUGAGCUUCAUGCAGAUUACUACGAAGUUAUUGGAAAAGCUCCACCCGGUGGUCUGGAAUCAGUGGUGACAGAGGAAUCGGAAGUGGAUCUUCAAUUGGACAACCGCCAUUUGAUGAUUCGUAACGAAAAGGAGUCGAAGAUUUUGAAGGUUAUCAGUGCUGCAUCCCUAGCCUUCCGAGAUCACUAUAGAUCUCGUGGUUUUAAGGAGGUUCAACCUCCGACCUUAGUUCAAACCCAAGUUGAAGGUGGUUCGACUCUCUUCAAAAUUGAUUACUUCGGUGAACCUUCUUUCUUGACGCAGUCAAGUCAGCUUUACUUGGAGACUUGUCUACCUUCUGUUGGAGACUGUUAUUGCAUGGUUCGUAGCUACCGAGCUGAGAAGAGUCGUACACGUCGGCACUUAUCUGAGUACUUGCAUAUUGAGGCUGAAUCGCCCUUCAUAGAGUUCGAUGAUCUCUUGAACCAGAUUGAAGAUCUGGUUUGUGAUGUAACAGAGCGCGUUAUGAAGGAGGUUGGAGACUUAGUCUUGGAGAUAAAUCCUGGUUUCGUGCCACCAAAACGACCUUUCAUGCGAUUGGAAUACCGUGAUGCUCUGAAGCGGCUGGAGGCUGAGAAGAUUUACAAGGAGGACGGUGAGAUGUUCAAGUUUGGAGAUGAUAUUCCAGAGAAACCAGAGCGAGAGAUGACUGAUAGAAUCGGUACUCCUAUCCUAUUGACCAAGUUCCCUACUGAACUGAAGGCUUUCUACAUGCAGCGUGUGAAGAAUGAUCCAUCUGUGACAGAAUCGGUUGAUUUACUGAUGCCCGGUGUUGGAGAAAUUGUUGGUGGGUCAAUGAGGAUGACUGACAUUAAAGGUCUCCUUGCUGGUUAUUCACGAGAGGGAAUCGAUCCAUCUCCCUACUAUUGGUACACUCAACAGCGUGAGUUCGGAACCUGUCCCCAUGGUGGCUAUGGUUUGGGAUUCGAGAGAUUCUGCACUUGGCUCCUAGGACAAUAUCACAUUCGUGAUGUCUUCGCAGGAUUUUGUAAUAUCGUGAUGGGUACUGAGGGUGAAAUACUAGAGCGCUACGUUUCAAACAAACUUGGGGAUGAUUGUAGUGGUGAUGGAAGUGAAGAGCAUCCCUACAAAACUCUUCACAGAUUGUUUGAGGUCAUGACCCUUGAAGAAGUUUCACAAUUGAAAAUUUAUGUGGAUGCGACUGAAAAGCCGGAGGAAAAGUGGGCUGAGAUAUCAAAAACUCAGCUGAAGAAAAAAAUGAAGGAGUAUAAAAUUCAGUCGCAGAAAUCAGCCGCCCCUGGUGAAACUACUACUGGCACUCCUGCUGUGUCGACCGUUACUUCUGCCCCUUCUGCAGUUGAAAUUAAAGAGGAUUUGAGUUUGCCUGCAGCUAUCAAAUCUAAAAUUUGCAAUCUUCAAACUCAUUUGGACAAGCGAGUGCAAGUUUACGGCUGGGUUCAAGCCAUUCGUCGUCAGAGCAAGAAACUCAUGUUCAUUGUUCUUCGUGAUGGAACUGGUUAUCUCCAAUGCAUUCUGGCAAAUGGUCUUCCUCAAACAGCUGAUGGGUUAGCACUUGCCCCGGAAUCAACAGUUUUUGUGAAAGGUGUUGUGUCCAAGGUGCCUGAGGGUCAAACUGCUCCAGGUGGAAUUGAGCUUCAUGCAGAUUACUACGAAGUUAUUGGAAAAGCUCCACCCGGUGGUCUGGAAUCAGUGGUGACAGAGGAAUCGGAAGUGGAUCUUCAAUUGGACAACCGCCAUUUGAUGAUUCGUAAC